UGUCACUCAGGGAGAAAAAUGUUCAACAGGGGGUCUAGACAAUUGAGCUUAUUCUACCAAGACCUCCCAAAAUAAAGAAGGAGAGACAGAGAGCAAGGGAGAGAGGGAGAGACACAGACACACUGAGGUACAGACGCAAAGAAAACAAGAGAGGAUGAAGCAGCCCCUGACCUGUCUAGCGCUGGCCCUAUCCCUGCUGGAGGUGUGUCUGUGUGCCCCACGCAGGGAAAACUAUGACCUCACUGGCGAGACAGACUGGGAGAACAUUGACCUCACCAACUAUAGGGACCUGUAUGACUACGAUGACCUGGAGCCCAUAAUUGAAGUCGGGACAGUAGCACCACCUCCCAACGUCCUGCCGGUCAAUCAGAACGUGCCACAGCCUGAAACUCCGCCUCCAGCCCUGGAAGAGGAGGUGCCUCUUCGCCCUCGAACUACGCCCCCGCCCCCCAGACUGGACUUUGAGGGACCAGGACUGUUUGGACCACAGACUGGACUGGGCUUGCCAACCUGUCUGCUGUGUGUGUGUAUCAGCACUUCAGUGUACUGCGAUGAUGUGGACCUUGAGUACGUUCCUCCUCUACCCAAAGACACCACCUACUUCUACGCCCGAUUCAACAAGAUCAAGCGAGUCGGUGGCAACGACUUCCUCAACCUGAACAAGCUGAAGCGCAUUGACCUGACUGGAAACCACAUCACAGAGCUGCAUGAGGAUGCCUUCCUGAAGCUGCCCGCACUGCAGGAGCUCCUGCUUGCAGAGAACAAGAUCCGGUCGCUGCCAGAGCUGCCAGUCACCAUGCGAUACAUCGACGCCCGCAACAACCAGCUCCUCAGCGCAGGCAUCCGUCCGGAGGCCUUCAAGGGUUUGACGCAGUUAGAGUUCUUGUACCUGUCCUAUAACCGGCUUGACUUCAUCCCUAUACCUCUCCCUGAGAGUCUUCGAAGUUUUCAUAUUCAGCACAACAACAUCCAGACGAUGCAUAAAGAGACAUUCUGCAACCACCACGACACCACUCACCAGCGGAGGGCGCUGGAGGACAUUCGCCUGGACGGCAAUCCCAUCAACCUCAGCCACUACCCUCAAGCGUACUUCUGCCUGCCACGCCUCCCCACCGGGAGAAUGCAGUGAGCCCCUCAAACGAGCCUGCACCUCCAAACUAACCACUCAGCUCUCAGGCUGUCUUCCUACAACCCCAGCUUCGACUCUCACACUCACACAACCCCUAGAACAAUCCUCACCACAAAACUCAGCACUGCAGCAAAACAAUGUAUCAUAAUCUUUUCAACUGUAGUUGAGUAAAAUCAAAUAAACUUCUAUACAAGCUUUCA